CUAUAAUGUUCAACGAGCUUUAUUUAUUACAGUUCGUAUUUGUUAAAUAUUAUAUUUCUUGCACAUAUAAGUAUUUGUGUAAAGGAAAUAUUUCUGAAAGGUUGUAACACUCAAUUAUGGAAAUGUAUUUUUUGUGAUUUACAAUAUCGGAAGGAUCGAGUAUUAUUAUUACAAUUAAGUCUAUAAUUAGCUGUUAAUUGCUAUGUGAUAAAUUAAAUAAGUGCAUUUAACCCGAGGAAUACAAUUGUAAAUUAUGGCAUAUUUAUUGAACAAGUAAUAAUAUAAAUAUUCUUGGAUUUUUUUUAUCCAAUAUGACAUAGUUUUUGAAUUUGUGUGAAUACAAGUGUCAUCAAAUGUAAACGGAUUUAUUUCUACAAAGCAGCGUGAUAAAAAUUAAGAAAUUAGAAAAUGAAAAUUUUACUGUUACAAUUAACGAUUUUGUUUUCAAUGUCAACACUGACCAGAAGUUCAAAUCAAGAGAAAAUAGUAGUGAAUGGAAACAAAAAUGUUGUAAUGCAUGAAACAUUUCGGACGCUCUUAGGAUUUUCAGAUUCACCGAAAUACAAAAGUAAAUUGUUACCACAUCCAGGCAAAAUAGAGAAUGAAGCACCUAAAUACAUGAUGGAUUUGUAUGAAAGAUUCAAGAACAACCAAAUAGCAAAAGGACAACUUCUAGGAAACACCGUGCGGAGUAUUCAGGCAGAUAUAGUGGAAUUAAAUGGCGAACCAAUGUUCCUGUUCAAUUUAUCGUCGGUUGUUAGAACAGAAAGGGUACUAAGUGCAGAAAUUCAUUUGUACAAACGUAAGCAAAAAAAGCCGAACCUAUCUAAGAAAUUAGAUAAUAGCAGACGUAAACAGAAGAAAUUGAAUUGGUCAAAACAUCACGAUAUUAACGUUAAAAUGUACGAAAUAGCGCCUCACUAUAUGGCUGAAAAUGGCAAAAUUACAAUGAGAGUCGAAAGUUUUGGUUGGCAAUGGUAUGACGUCACUAAUUCUAUUCUGAGUUGUCUGGCUGCCAGACGGGAUAUUCCGCAUCUGUUUGCUUUGAAUUUUGUCUUAGAGAAAAGGCAUGGAAAAGUUAAACACUUGAAUUUAAGAAAAUUUAUCCGACAACAUUCAAAGCCAUUUCUCAUUAUUUAUUCCAAUGAUACACAAAGCAUAUCUUUAGAUAGUUUUAAAGAAAAUGCACCAGCUGAUGUUGUUUUAGAAACGGGUAAUUUGACACCAACAACAGACCUACCUACUGCAGAAUCUACAUCAGGAAGCGAAAAUGAAAAAAGGAAUAAAACCGAAACACCUUUAGAUUCAAACAGAUCAAAACGUUCCAUAUUUACAAAUGAAAUCCCCGAAGACCCAGCAGAUUAUGAAAAAAUUAACAGACGUUACAAUUUACCUCAGACUCAUCCAAACAUUUUGAAAACAAGGAGUGAAAGUAGAAUAAAAAUAAAAGAUUCUAUGUUGAUUCCAUAUCCAAGCAAAGACAAUAUCCGCAAAAAUAAGCGACGGAAGCAAAGACGGAGGAAGAAUAAAAAAAGGAAAAAUCGUAGAAGGAAUAAGUUAUUUUUCCCCAAAGAAUGGGAUAAUUAUCAUCCUAAUUCUGCUAGUGUAGAAAAUACUGAAAACUUAUGUGGUCGAAAAAAACUAGUGGUGGACUUUGCAGAUAUCGGAUGGGGUGAUUGGAUAAUUUCACCCAAGUCAUUUGAUGCUCAUUACUGCGCAGGCUCAUGUCCAUUUCCUCUGACAAAGAGACUUCGACCAACUAACCACGCAACAAUACAGAGCAUGGUUCAUGCUAUAGGAAUAUACAAGGACGUACCAGCGCCAUGUUGUGUACCAGAUUCCAUGUCGUCCGUAACUCUGUUGUACUUUGAUGAAAGCAGAAACGUUGUGUUAAAAAAUUAUCCAAGUAUGACAGUUAAUUCUUGUGCGUGUCGAUAGAACUGAAAUCGAAUUAAAAUUGUAAAUAUCUCUGUUAGUCCCUUUUUAUGUGUCAAUGUAACAUGCAAGAAGCGGUUUCAUACUGUGGAUUUAAAAAUUCAUUAACUAAAACUAAUUUCGAAUAUUUCGAAAAUUUUGAAACCGGAAAUGUAAUAGCUUCACUUCACUGCCAGCCAAUAGCGGCCAGUAAGUUCAUAUUCCCUUUGAUUGGAUGGAAGUUAAAAAUGAAGUGUUGACGACAUUACAAACAAUGCGUCGAAGGCGUCAGACUUUGUUGAAUGCGCGCACUGUGCGUGAACAAUCUACCUCAUCUAAAGCAUUAAUUAGAUUUAUUUACUGGACACUCGCUUGGGUGAAAAGACUUAUGAAGAGGUAACGAGAUAAAACAUGGCAUUGAAGAUGUUUUUUUUAUUGCGAAAGUGUGUUACGAUGGAAGUAAACGUUUUGUUGACUUUGAAAAAAAAAAGAAUAAAAAAGGACACGGAUGCAAAUUAUAGGAACAUGUUACACAAACUGAUGAAACUGAGGUACCUAAGUGUACACGAUGAGUUAUAUAAAGACGUGUUAUUUACAUGUAAUGUAUGUAUUUCAGGAUGUUUAUUUUAAUGAAUUCCAUAUUCUCAGGUAGAUAUCUCAUUCAUCAAAAACAUGUGGAAUAAUUGUUAUUACUUUACUUAUGAUUGGGAAUUUUUCUACAACUUAAAAAAGAUCUGAGUCAUCCUUUUCUGGUACAUGCCAAUGUUUUGUUACUAUUCCAUCAUUUUUAAACGUUUACAUAAUCAUGAAAUUUUGGAAUCUAAAUAUUGCGGUUUUCAAGAAAAUGUAUGAAUCAUAUGAAUAUUCCAAUUUAGUUUAAUUUUUCUUUCAAUGUAUUUUUUAUUAUUAAAAAAAAAGCAUAAAUGAAAGUCAAGAUAAGUUGGAUAUUUCUUUAAUCUCUUAUCAUCAAAAUCACACAUGAAUUAAGUAGUUUAAUUUGUAGUAUUUAUUGAAAAAUAUGUAUCAAUGUUAUUGUUAAAUUCAUUUGUUGAAAAUGUUAACUCAUUUAAAAUGUUUGUCACAUGUUUAAUCAUUAAUAACAUUAAAUGUCAUUGAUGUUAAAACCUUA